UCCGGGCCUGGCUCGCGGGAAACGGCUGAAACCCUCGUUUCCCCGGAGCCAGGCUCACUCGGUGCGGCGGCGAGUGCGCGGGCGACGAAAAUGGCUGCGCGCGUGCAGGCGGGAAGGACUAGGGUUACUGCUGCGAUUUCGCGCCAUUCUUCGCGUAUAUAUCUUCACCGCUCCUCCUCCCACCUCCCACUCGCUCCUCUGGUCCUCACCGCCGUCCAGCAGGUGACAUUAGUGAGGAAUCCGAGCUGCGAGGUGCAACCGCUCACUGGAUCUAAGUUCUUUGCUUGUGUAGAGGACUUCAGAUAUGCUGGUCCUUCUUCUCUUUCCCUCAGAUCUGGUCGUCAAUUGGCUUGCUGCUACUCCUAUUGUGCUUGCAUCAAUGGCAUGGUAUGUAGUUCAUGUUGGUCGACAAACUGGUGUGUUCUCAAGUUGGGGCGAUUGCCAUGCUCAAGUGGAUGGUUUCAGUGGUGCUUGCUACAAAAAAUACAGAACUAAAGAAGAAGCCUUCUCAACUUUCUAUGGGCAACCAGGAAGUGUGGCGUCUGCUGCAAACAAUCUCAACUUGAUGCCUUUUUCACGUAGAGAUGUUGUAUUAGUAGUCCUGUGUGCAAUGUUGGUAGUUCAAGCUCUAGCCAUUGUGUAUUUAAUUAGGAAAUUGAUGUAAUAUUGUGUUCAAACUACCUAUCCAAACUCAUGAACUGCUUGCUGGUAACCUCACCACUUCAUACAAAGAGGUUAUUCAACCAACUUGUA